AUGCUCCUCGUCCAUGCCGUGGCCCUGUUGGCCACAGCUGCCAGUGCAGCACCAUUUGCUGAGCGAAGUCUCAACAGCACCAAGUGGACUCCGGAACAUGUUCUCCAGCCAGGAGAGAUCAUCUUGUUUGGCGAAGGCCGUAUGGAGGUUGUCCAUGAAAGUGUCUAUCAAGAGCUUAUAUCCUCGCAAGCGCUCUCCCAUCACCCAGGCGACUUCCACGCCGUCGAGACCCCUUCUGCCAGCCGCAACAGCUCCAAACUCCACUACCGAGACUCAUGCGACCUAACCACGGCAGUAAUCACCGACAACACCCAAACAUUCGUCGACUGGGACGUCCAAAUGUCCCCCGUUGUAAUCGGCACGGGGAACGGCAUGGACGUCUCAGUCAGUUCCGGCUACACCGUGGGAAACAGUAUCAGUGUGAGUGCCGGAUUGGACUUGAGUCUGAUCAAGGACAAGCUUGGCAGCUCGGUGGGUAUUGACUAUACUCGCACAUGGACUACACAGACCGUGGUCACCGUCAAGGGAACCGUUGCGAACGGAUACUCUGGUGUGAUGAUUACCAAGCCUAUCAAGACACGCAAGUCUGGUCGGGUUCUGAAGGGGUGUCUUGGUUCGCAGACUGAAGAAGGGACAUUUUCUGCUGAUUCUUAUGAGGAUGGGUCUUAUUCUGGGGUUAAGUGGGUUUCCGGUGCUAUCACGAUGUGUAGUAAGAAGGAGUUUCCUCUGUCUCGAUGCUCUGGAAGUGGAAACUUUGUCUGA